CUCCUCUCGCGAUACUUGACGCCGGCUGAGGCUGAGCGGGGCCUGCGCGUUGCCGGCCGGCGAGCAGCGUUGAUGGUGAGGCGGCGCCGGCGGGGGUUGAAGGGACCAUGGCGCACCGAGGCUCGGGAAGGCCGUCGGAGACGGAGGUAGAAGCGCUGAAGGAGGCAGAGGCGGCAUUGGAGCGGCAGAAGCUGAUUGCAGGGAAAGCCCAUAAAGAAGGCGGCUCUGCCCGAACAUCACUUCUUAUAUUAGUGUCCAUUUUCUUAACAGCGGCUUCUGUUAUGUUUAUGGUCUAUCAAAACUUCCCGCAGCUUAGUGAAAAAGAAAGAGAAUGUAUAAAGGUUCCCAGAGACAUGGAUGAUGCUAAAGCCUUAGGAAAAGUCCUUUCUAGAUAUAAGGAUACAUUCUAUGUACAAGUAUUAGUGGCCUACUUUGCUACCUAUGUAUUCCUGCAAACAUUUGCUAUUCCAGGAUCUAUAUUUCUGAGUAUACUUUCUGGAUUUCUCUAUCCCUUUCCACUAGCUCUUUUUCUUGUUUGUUUGUGCUCUGGACUUGGGGCAUCUUUCUGCUAUAUGUUGUCAUAUUUGGUUGGAAGACCAGUUGUAUAUAGAUAUUUAACAGAGAAAGCAGUGAAAUGGUCAAAACAGGUUGAACGGCACAGAGAACACCUCAUUAACUACAUAAUAUUUUUGAGAAUAACGCCUUUUCUUCCUAACUGGUUUAUCAAUAUAACCUCUCCUGUAAUAAAUGUACCACUGAAAGUGUUUUUCAUUGGUACUUUUCUAGGUGUUGCACCACCAUCUUUUGUAGCAAUUAAAGCUGGAACAACGCUUUACCAACUUACAACAGCAGGAGAAGCAGUUUCCUGGAACUCUGUUUUUAUUCUUAUGGUUCUAGCUAUACUCUCCAUCCUGCCAGCUGUUUUCCAGAAAAAACUUAAACAAAAGUUUGAAUAGAGGUCAGCCUGGAUCUUCACUUCCCAUAUUUCAUCUCAGGAUCAUCAUUUUUAUGAUCACUUUUUCUAGUUGAUCUUUAAACAUUUAAAACAGGGGAAACUUGUAAAUGAUAAAUAUGUUUCUGAACUUCUUGUUCAGUUUUAUUUACAGAGCAUGAAGGCAAAAUAAUGACAGCUGAUUUGGGAUGAUCUGUACCUUUUUUUUUUACAAUGAAAACCUGAUGAGAAUUGUUAAUUUUAACAAUCUGUACAAUGUUUAAUGUAUGCCUUAUCUGUUUAUGUUGGCUUCAUGUCAAUAAUUCCUGUUUACCAAUCCUCUUAAUCUUGAAUGACAGUGAAAGUCAUUUAUGAAUAAUGAAUAAUAAUGGAUUGCCCAGCAGAUUCUACAGCCCAGUGGAGUAAUGGACUCCCUAUUUUCUUUAUUAAUUCAUUCUUUUUUGGACAACAGAGAAGUGGUUUGACCAAUGCUCAGAAAAUUUGUUUAAUUUUGUGCGGUUUUAUAGCUCUCAUGCAUGAAGAUACUUGGUUGAAGGGACGCUGAUCAGGUUUUAUCUGAUGAAAUGCUAGUGUUAAUUUAUUUUUGCCAGUAUUUCAUACAAAUUACUGUUGCUGUCUUUGACAGUAAAAUAAUUGCAGUUUAAGAAAAUACUUGCAAUUUUAGAAAUUAAUUACUAUAAAAAUGAUGGCUGACAUCAAACUGCAUUUAUGAGUUCAUAUUGAAAUAGAUAAAUGUAGGAAUCACACCACCACUUGAGAGUUGGUAAUUGUUUUUUAAUGACAGUCAUUUAGGUUUACUGGGUAGGAAAUAAUUAUUAGGUUUUAACUUAUAAAAUGUUGCCAUGAGGAACAUAAUGCCUGGGUUUUGAUCCAGAGCUUCAUGAUUGUUCCAAGUGCCAGAGUGCCCCUUUAAGCAUAGGUUCCCUCAUUCAUAUUCAUGUCCCGACAAUUGAAUGAGAAGUGCCUAAACACGAGGAAGUUUCAUGUACAAAAGUAAGUGAAGUAUGCGUACGCAUAUCCACUGGGCUAGAUGUAUUGUGUACAAAUUGUACAUCUUGUAAAUAGUCCUUAGUUUAAGGAAGGUGUAUCAUUUUUCUGGUGGAAGACUAGCUAAUUAUUUACUAUGAAGCUAACACCAAUUUUCAAAAUAUAAGUGUUCAAUUAGGGCAUUUACCUAUCCUUGAAAAAAUAUUAUUGCCCCAGGUAUUUUUCUUCUGUUUGCCUUUCCAGCAUGUGCCUGUCUCGGCCUAAUUACUUUGUGCAGUUGUUUUGAUUAGAUGGAACUAUAUAAUGAAUUGUCAUUCAAACAGUUUUAUGGUUCUUAUGAUCCAGAUUUUUUUUUGCCAGUGUCCUUGUUUGAAUUAAGUCCUGAAUGCAAAUCCUAGCAUGCAGACAGUUGUGCUCAACCUACAAGAUCACCUACAAAACUGUAAAGUAUCUGUUCCAUUCCCAUAUUUAGAUGUAUACUCCUUUCCUCUUCACUUUUUAAGUCCUCUAAAGUGCACUUUGUCACCAUGUUUGGAAUCAAAGCCUCUCUGCUUGUCCUUUGUGGUGAAUCCCUGAAGAGAUGCAUAUUCUUCACCUGAUAAGCUUUUAAUUGCAGGGUGUAGAAUAUGACGUGUUUCUGCUUGCUGACUCAAUUGCAAUGGAGAAUGGUGCACAGAGGGGGGCUGGGGUAGAUAGGGGAUCAAACAGUGAAGGAUCCUGAGUGUUUCUAUUAUUUUUCAGGAUAUUUGGCAAGUAGAAACCUGCCCUGCCCUGUUUGGAAUACAGACCUGAUUUGCUCAUUUAAUAUAACAAUCAAGCACAAUACACAAAUGGUAAUUGCAACUAAGUCCCAUUGGAAAAAAAUGGAAUAGGAGUUUGGUUGUAACUGGACUGUGCCCAUUGUUUGCUGCAACUGCGGUUGGUAAAAACAGAAUACUUUACAGGCUCAAAGUUACUGUAGAUUCUAUGGAGGAAGUCACAAAGCACUUAAUUCUGGGUAAUGUAGUUACAGUUAUUAGGAAACAAGAUUUCUAAUAAGCUUCUGCAGGCUUCUAAAAUUACUGUCUUUAACAUCGCCUUGGCUACAGAGCUUUUGAAAUAUCGAGUUUGGGACUGUUAAAAGGUACUUUUGCAACUUUGUUAUUUUGUAACAAAAUGUGGAUUGAUUCAUUUUAUUGCAGUAUUAUGUGUACAUGCAAAGGAAAUAAAUCUAUAUUUGUCA